CAAAGUCAAUCUGUAAAGUGAUAAAUAUUUUUCUAUUAUUUUGUAAUUUGCUAAAUGUACAUACAUAACUUAUAAAUGUAUUUAAAACACUGAUAAUCUAUUUAUUAUUAUAUAUACUAAUAGCUACUAAGCACUCAUUAUUUGCCCAUUUUCUGAAAUGUGGGCUUAAACUUUUUUAAAACAAGACUUUGGCAAAUCCAGACCUAAUGAUUCGUCAAGGCAGUAUUGAUGACAUAAAUGCUCAACAGUUCCUAAAGAUAGCAAACUAUGAAGACACCGUUAGACAAUUAGAUAUUUACUAUGCUAUUGUUAAGAGACAACUUUUAAGAUUCCAAAGCCCAAUUACAGGGCUAUUCCCAGUACUUUCAUCAGAUUUACAUGUUGGUAGUGUCAGAGAUAGCAUUUAUUGUGCAUCUGCAGUAUGGGGCCUUUAUCAGGCAUACAGACGAAUAGAUGAUGACAGAGGCAAGUCUCAUGAACUAGGACAGAGUACAGUGAAGUGUAUGCGUGGCAUAUUAGAAUGUUGGAUAAAACAAGCAGCAAGGGUUGAAGCAUUCAAAACAAGACAAAGUGCAGCUCAUGCACUGCAUGUUAAAUUCCAUCUGACAACAGGAGAGCCUGUGCUUAGUGAUGAUCAGUACCAUCAUCUUCAAAUUGAUGUGGUUUCAUUGUAUUUGCUGUUUCUGGUACAAAUGAUCACAUCUGGUCUGCAGAUAAUUUAUACACAGGAUGAAGUAGCAUUUGUACAGAAUUUAGUGUACUAUGUGGAAAGAGCAUACAGAACUCCUGAUUAUGGAAUGUGGGAGAGAGGCUCCAAAUACAAUGAUGGAAAACCAGAAAUACAUGCAUCUUCUAUAGGGAUGGCAAAAGCGGCCUUAGAAGCUAUCAAUGGAUGCAAUUUGUUUGGAGACAAGGGCGCGUCCUGGAGUGUGGUGUAUGUGGAUAUUGACGCACAUAAUCGAAACAGAAGUAUUUUUGAAACCAUGUUACCUCGUGAAUCGAGUUCCAAGGGAGUAGAUGCAGCACUUCUACCUACGAUAUCAUUUCCUGCAUUCGCUACUCACGAAGAACUCUUAGUUCAAUUGACAAAAUCGAACCUGUUAAAUCGUUUGAAAGGCAAAUACGGUUUUAAAAGAUUCAGCCGAGACGGAUUUAAGAGUGCACUCGAAGAUCCAAACAGACGAUAUUAUAACGAGGGAGAAUUAAAAGAGUUUGAUGGUAUUGAGUCCGAGUGGCCUCUAUUCUAUGUGAUGAUGAUAAUAGAUGGAGUGUUCCGCACUCUGCCUGAACAAGUGGAAGAGUACCAGAGGCUGUUGAAAUCUAGAAUUUAUAUGGAUGAGUUUGGAGAUCCAGUAAUUCCAUGGUACUAUUAUGUGCCGCGCGAAGGAAUAGAAAAUGAACGCAGCGAACCUUAUUCAGUUCGGAGACUUCCAGCGAACCAACCCGGUGAUAGCGAAAAUAAAGAUACCGGUGGUUUAUUUCUCUGGGCGCAGUCAUUGUUCGUUCUGGCGCAACUGUUAACGGGUGGUUUACUGCAUGUCAAUGAACUGGAUCCCAUUCGUCGAUACUUACCCUCUUAUAACCGACCCCGUCGAGCCGGGAGGUAUUCUGCUUUUCAGGCUAAACCGACGUUUGGUAUCGCGACGGAUCUUGUGGUGCAAGUUGUUUUAAUAGCUGAGUCGAUGAGGCUUCAAGCUAUGAUGGGCACUUACGGCAUACAAACACAAACGCCACACGAAGUCGAACCAGUUCAGAUCUGUAGCUCUACUCAAUUAGUGCACGUUUACCGAGAACUAGGGGUUUGUGCCAAAUUAAAGCUCACAGGCCGGCCAAUCAGACCUGUUGGAUCAUUGGGGACCAGUAAAAUAUACAGAGUCUGCGGCAUGACGGUAUUAUGUUAUCCGCUAAUAUUUGAAGUGUCUGAAUUCUAUCUGUACCGAGAUAUGGCGUUGCUGAUCGACGAUAUCAAGACUGAGUUACAGUUUGUUGGAAAGUACUGGCGCCUAUCCGGCCGGCCGACCGUCUGCCUGCUGGUGCGCGAGGAGCACAUGCGCGACCCGCACUUCAAGCAGAUGCUCGACCUGCUCGCGAUGCUGAAGAAGGGCCACUGCGACGGGGUCAAGGUGCGGCUGGGGAGGUUGCAGAAUCUCAUCUCUAGCUCCUGCAUCGAGCACCUCGACUUCAUGAGCCAAGGCGAGUUCCCGUCGGAGAUGUUCACGCAGUUCAAGCAGCUGCAGCACGACUACAUCGGCUACCAGUCGCUGACGGACGUGCCGCGCACGCUCACGUACCGCGAGCAGAGCGUCAGCUACGAAGCGUACCGGCACCGCGCCACGCCCGACGUGGUCGCCGCCUUGCGCGCCACAGAUAAUAUAUUUGCGCAGUCGCAGCUCUGGGGCAUUCUCAUGGACAGGGAGGGGCCGAUGUAUGAGGUCAACGGUGUAAAUGCUCUGGAGUCGCUCAAGAGCCUGUACCACAGCGCUGGUGUGUUGCGACACUGGAAGGCGGUGCGGUAUUGUUCCUCUCUGCUCAACCACACUGUGGACUCUAUAAGCCCUUUUAUUACCACUGUCUUGGUUAAUGGAAAGCAGCUCACCGUCGGUGUGAUCGGUCAGAAAGAGACAGUGUUCGACAAACCUAUGACACCUGGGGAAAUACAGUCCGUCAUGUAUAGCACUAUUCAACCUUAUGAUGUUAUCGGCGCCGUAUUACAACAGGAAAUUGUAUUAUACUGUGGACGAUUAAUAGGCACGAAUCCGGACAUGUUUAGAGGCAUUCUUAAAAUCCGAGUCGGUUGGGUUCUCGAGGCUAUUCGGAUAUAUCUGGAGUUAUUCCCCAAUGAGAAAAAAGCAGAUGCCACAUUGGAAAGCUUGUCGCCGUACAAAUUGCGGACUCUUCUUCAAAAAGUGUUAACUGUCUCUGAUUGGGCUGAUGAGAAAGGGUUAACACCUUUACAACGGCGUCAGCUCGAAGGCUGCUUGUGUCGAGUGCCAAAACACUUCUAUGUUCAGGUGUGGGAUAUUCUUCUGCGAACACCCCAAGGAAUCAUUGUACAAGGUCAUGCAAUACCAGCACAGCCGACCCUAGUCAAUAUGUCCCGCUCGGAGCUGUCAUUCGCGUUGCUCGUAGAGGAAGCGUUAGUUCGCAUCGCGUCCGCGGCGCGGCGCCAGCUCUGCGUCGAGCUACUCUGUGUGUUCGCUACAAUCCUGCGCCGCAACCCCGAGCUGUAUAUGCAGCAGCCUCUGGACCUUGACAAGUUGUUAGAUGACGCACACUCCACAUAUGCUAAGGAUAGCGGCCAACCAGAAACAACUUGUUCACUAGCAGGCGCAGCGGCCGGCGUGACGCUGGGUUACCUGGCGCGGGCGGUCGUCAACAGCGUGCUGCAGACCGCCGCGCCGCACCUCGCCGCCGCGCAGCCGGCGGCACAUGACUCGUGUCUCAUUACGUAAAUAAUACUUUUAACAGCUCCUUAUUCUGUCAUUAUUAGAAUUUUCUUUUGAUUCUAAUUUUAUUUUAUAUUGUAUACCAGAUAAUAUUAAAUAAUUAUAUCAAAUUGAAAAGAAAUAAGAAAGAAGACGAGCAAUCGUCGAUGUUGGAAUGUAUAGUGCAAAACGUACAUUGAUUUUUAUUUUUUAACAUUUGUUAAUAAGCCGAGCUACUAAUUCACUCGCUCGAGUUUAGGUAAAUUGCUAUUUUUGUGUGCAACGUUUAUGCAGCCACACGCGUAAAUGUCGAACUCAGUCAUUGCUUCUACAAUUUUUCUUUAUUUUAAAUUAAUUAAAUUUUCCUCAGAAACAAUCGAAAUUAGUAGAUUUGUGGCACGGCGUCUAAAUAUCUGUACUUUUACAUAAAAUAACGCCUCUCAUUGUGUUAUUUUGCAUAUCAUUUAUAUUUUGUAAGUUCUGUAUUUUUACUGUAAGAUAAUAUAAGUAUAUUACAAUUUCUUAUAGUGUAAAUGAACCUGUUGAAUAGUUUUCUAUAAAACUUUCUUGGUAUUAAAUUGUAUAAACAUCUAUCUAGAAUUCCACUAAAACAACACUAAAUUAUAAUGGUUUAUAAAAUAUACACAAACAUUAU